AAAACCGACCAGUCAGCAAGAAGGUUCUUCCGGGCUACGCACCAAUUGCGAGGCGCGGCGGCGCUGUCCAAUGAGCUGGGCCCUCCUUUGCCAGAGGCUAUAAAGGGGCUGGGUGAGGGGCCCCCGGCCCCAUUUCGCGGUGCAGCUGCUGCGCAGAGGGUGCGAGGCGACACCGUAGCGAGACGCCAUGUCUGGCCGUGGCAAGAGCGGCGGUAAGGCCCGGGCUAAGGCCAAGUCUCGCUCGUCCCGGGCUGGGCUGCAGUUCCCCGUCGGGCGCGUGCACCGGCUGCUGCGGCGCGGGCACUACGCGGAGCGGGUGGGGGCCGGCGCGCCCGUGUACCUGGCCGCCGUGCUGGAGUACCUGACGGCCGAGAUCCUGGAGCUGGCGGGCAACGCGGCCCGCGACAACAAGAAGACGCGCAUCAUCCCCCGUCACCUGCAGCUGGCGGUGCGCAACGACGAGGAGCUCAACAAGCUGCUGGGCGGCGUCACCAUCGCGCAGGGCGGCGUCCUGCCCAACAUCCAGGCCGUGCUGCUGCCCAAGAAGACGGGCGGCGGCGGCGCGGGCCCCGCCAAGGCCGGCAAGAAGGGCGGCGGGCAGCAGUCGCAGGAGUACUAGGGCGGGCGGCCGAGCCCCACCGACGCCACACACACAAAGGCCCUUUUCAGGGCCACCCACAUUGCUCACCGGGAGAGCUGCGAUCCGCGGGGGAAGGGGGCGCGUCUCCGGCCCGCCGCCGUGCCGGGAGGCGGCGCCAGGCGCCGCGCCGCCCCCCCGGCCGCCGGGGGCGCCGCGGGGCUUCCCGCGCUCGGCCCGCGCGCCGCCUCCGCCUGCAGCCCCGGGGCGGGGGGAGGGGGCGCCUGAGGGAGCCGGAGCCCGAGCGCAGGGGUGGGGGGGGGUGGGGGGCGCAGCAAUAACGGAGUGAGACUCUUACGCCGCCCCCGCUCCACUGCCAUCAAGAACACUGUAAAUACAAGCGCUGCUCCCCAGGGCCACUUGCGUCCUUUAACUUCACUGUAUUUAUUGGCUGUUACAUUCAGUGGACGUUGCCAAGAGAAUAAACAAUGCUUCAUUUCCAAAACAA